AUGUCUUCCUCUCCAGAAAAGUCACUACGCGAAGAUACAACACCUUUUUUGCUACAUCUCUUCUAUCGUACAGGAUCUCUUCACAGGCCAGAUGAAUUUGAGUCGCAUAGUUUGCCGCCACAUAUACCUGUGUAUACAUGGUCAGACUGUACUCUGAAUGAGUUGGCUCUGGAACUUGCAGGCGCCAAAAAGUCAGCGUUGCCUUCGCCCUCUGUGGGAUGUCGUCUCGUAUUCCAGUUGGUAUUUCCAGACCUUCGAAACACCGCCGCAGUCACAAAUGCUCCCCCCAAAUACGGGGUUAAGGACCUCGGCAGCAUUGUAUUGGGUGGUGGUUCCGUAGCAGACACAUCUGGUGACAUUUCCAUGGAUGGCACAAGAGGCAGUGACGACAAAACCAAGACACUAAGCGAUUGUCGAUUUGUAGUUGGCGACUACAUCACUUGCGCAAUAUUACCACCACUCUCGGAUGGCUCAGUGGCGCCCGCUUCAAGCGUGCGAAGGGAGCAGGCUUCGGGUCCACAUGAAGUUCGAGGAGGUCGAGAUAACGGUACUGGGCGCAGGAACUCGAGAGGAGGACGGGCUGGCCGGAGGGAUGAUGUCGGGGGAGAUUUUCCUAUGGGCGAUUGGAGAAGAGGCGAAAGAUUACCGGACACCUCUGGUGGGCGAUCAAGAGGCAGAGGGAGGUGGUAA